AUGGUGAUAGAAGAGCAUGUUGUUGAAUAUGGCUUAACUAAAAUAUUUCUACUGACAAUCGAUUUAUGGCAGUAUAGUUACUUUAAUUUAUUAUUUUUGUUUUCUGCAGGUUAUGGAGCUCCGAAACUGAGGCAACUUGCAGACAAAGUUGCAGCUGCUGGAUAUUAUGUAGUUGUUCCGGAUUUCUUCUAUGGCGACCCAUUGACUCCUGGAGCCAACAUAGAAGAUUGGCUAAAAAACCAUGAGCAAGCGGUUGAUUUUGCUAAACAAGUUAUACAGGCUCUAAAAGAGAAGGGUGUAACUAAAAUUGGGGCUGCAGGUUUUUGUUGCGGCGCUAAGGUGGUUGUGGAGCUAGCAAAGGAUGGUGAAAUACAAUUUGCUGCACUCCUGCAUUCUUCGUUUGUCACUUUAGAUGAUAUCAAGGGGGUUAAGGUCCCUAUAGGGAUACUAGGUGCCGAGAUCGACAAACGAUCUCCACCAGAACUCGUCAAAGAAUUCAAGGCUGCCCUCUUAUGUCAUAUUUUGUUUUUUAAUCGAUAA